AUGGCCUUCCACAAGUUGGUGAAGAACAGCGCUUACUACAGCCGCUUCCAGACCAAGUACAAGCGCCGUCGCUCCGGAAAGACCGACUACUACGCCCGCAAGCGCCUCAUCACCCAGGCCAAGAACAAGUACAAUGCCCCCAAGUACCGCCUGGUCGUUCGCUUCACGAACCGCGACAUCAUCAUGCAGAUCGUGACCUCUGAGGUCUCGGGUGACAAGGUUUUCUGCUCGGCCUACUCGCACGAGCUCAAGGCCUACGGCAUUGAGCACGGUCUGACCAACUGGUCCGCCGCCUACGCCACCGGUCUUCUCAUCGCUCGCCGUGUCCUCAAGAAGCUCGGCCUCGACGAGACCUUCACCGGUGUUGAGGAGGCCGAUGGAGAGUACACCCUGACUGAGGCUGCCGAGACCGACGAUGGCGAGCGCCGCCCCUUCAAGGCCUUCCUUGAUGUCGGUCUUGCCCGCACCUCCACUGGUGCCCGUGUCUUCGGUGCCAUGAAGGGUGCCUCUGACGGUGGUAUCCUCAUCCCCCACUCCGAGAACCGCUUCCCCGGUUUCGACAUGGAGACCGAGGAGCUCGACGCCGAGACCCUGAGGAAGUACAUCUUUGGCGGCCACGUUGCUGAGUACAUGGAGACGCUCGCCGACGAUGAUGAGGAGCGCUACAAGAGCCAGUUCGGCAAGUACAUUGACGAUGAGAUCGAGGCCGACGGCGUUGAGGACAUCUACACCGAGGCCCACGCCGCUAUCCGUGAGGACCCCUUCAAGAAGGUCGAGAGCGAUGCCCCCAAGAAGACCAAGGAGGAGUGGAAGAAGGAGUCCCAGAAGUACCGCAGCAAGAAGCUGUCUUACGACGAGAGGAAGAAGCGCGUCCAGGAGAAGAUUGCCGAGCUCCGGGAGGAGUAA